GCCGGUCGCCCCGUCCCGACUCCGAACCAUCAGGUCGUUUUCUUUGACAUCAAAAUGAUCAGUCGUUUCCUGAUCUCGCUCAAAGGUUCGCCGUUUCAGUUCUCAACACGGUCAACCCUGCAAUGAGUACGCUUCGCUAUCUCAAGUCUGUCUCUAGGGAAUCCGGCUUCUGCGCGAUGAGAUUCGGGGUACGCAUACCGCUAACUACAAGCUCCAAGUGUGGACUGGCAAGCUAGGUACCUAGGUAAUUUCAGCUUCCACACUAUUUGUAUGAUCUUCCAUCGAAGGCAGCAAUCCUCAGAGAUCUCGAUGGUGACAUGACUAGUGUACCUGUUCGUACCAGCAACGACGGGAAAGGCGCGGACCAGGUGGAGGAGUGUGGGUUGACGGGAAGGCCCAAAGACCCCAUCGUUCGGUGGAGAUAGCAAGCGCUGCGGGAUGAACUCCGUGGGGUUGAUAGGCCCAUCCCAGGGAUCGGUGUUCAGCUCGCAUAAGACUGCCCAAGUCUAGACUACAGUUCAAAACCUCCAAUCCCCCAAUACCUGUUGCUUGCUGCCAAAGAAAUCAUUAAACAAUGGACGAACGCGCCAAGACCCGAGUCACUCUUCCUCGAGAAAACCCAACCCCGAGUUACUGGCAAGAUCCUCCGGACGAUAUUGCCGACCAGCGCACCACCAAGGACCUUCCAAGCCAUGUCGACAUCGUUAUCAUUGGUAGCGGCAUCACGGGCGCCGCGAUAGCAUGGAACCUCCUAAAGGAUGUCCGCCCAGGGGAAAAGGGGUCCAGAAACAUUGUCAUGGUUGAGGCCCGCCAGGCCUGCUCUGGCGCAACUGGUCGCAACGGUGGACACACCAAAGCCGCCUCCUACCGCUCCUUUCUCGAGCACGCCUCUCUCCUCGGCACUCCAGCCGCGGUCCAGAUUGCCCGUCUGGAGUACGAUAACAUCCAAGCCAUCCACGCCUUUGCCAAAGAGCACAACAUUCCUUGCGACUCCAACCCCUGCCACACCGUUGACAUCAUCUACGACCAAGCCCAAUGGACCGCCGCCCACGAAGCCGUCGCUGCUAUGAAGGCCGCGUUCCCCGAGGGAGACCCUGUAGGAGAGUACACCUUCCACUCCCCGGCCGAAGUUCAGUCCAAAUUUCAUUGCGCCCUUGACGCCGGCACAAUAGCCGGCGAGCCACAAACCCUCUAUGGUGGUGUCUCCUACCCAGCCGGGAGCAUUUCCUCCUACGCCUUCACCACUGGUCUCCUCAAGCUCUGUCUAUCCCGUGGCCUGAACCUGCAAACCAACAACCCCGCCACCUCUUUGAUGAAGAACCGCGACGAACGCACCUGGACCGUACGAACCCCUCGUGGAAACAUCUGGACUAAGGACAUCAUCCUCGCCACGAACGGGUACACGGCCGCCAUUGCGCCUACCUUCCAAGGUGUGAUAGUCCCCCUGCGCGGACAGGUCACGGCGCAAAGACCGGGUAGCAACCUAUCCGAGAAAGGAUGUCUACCGACCACCUACAGCUUCAUCUACGAUAAGGGGUACGAGUACAUGAUUCCACGACCAAAGGGAAGUCGAAACGAAGGGGACUUGGUCAUUGGUGGUGGGUUAGUAAGGGCUAAGGAAGAAGGGCUGGGGGAGUACGGAACUACGGAUGACACGACUGUUAACGAGGAAAUCAGCACUUACCUCAAGAACACUUUGACAAGGUACUUUGGUGGUGGUGGUGGUGGUGAUCGAAAUGGGAACUGGGGAGACGAUCACCCAGAUGGAAGAAUCAAAAAGGAGUGGACGGGAAUUAUGGGGUAUACGCCCGAUGGAUUUCCCAUGGUCGGAGCAGUCCCGGGAGAGAACGGGUUCUGGAUGAGUUGUAGUUUUCAGGGCCAUGGGAUGGUGUUGUGCUGGAUGUGCGCAAAGGCAUUGGUGGAGAUGAUGGAGGGGAGGGAUAAUAAAGAGUUGAGAGGGUGGUUUCCGGAGGCGUUCAGGGUUGGGUUCGAGAGGAUGAGGAAGAGGUUUCAGGGAAGGCUGCAUACGAGCGUAGCGGUGCCACCGGGGCCGGCGGUGGGGGGAGGGUCUGGGUAAAUGGCAUGAGAUGGGUUGACCAAUAUGAUGGAAGUUUCUGAAUGUCAUGAUCACGGUAAGCCGCGAAGUUAACUGCUAUUCUACAUACCUAAUGUAUAAUUGAUAUCUUUUCGGAAGGG